AUGGCUCCUGAUCUGCAAGCAAUCGUCUCUCAUUAUGCAUCCCGACUACCGACCCCCGUCUGGAAGAUCAUCCCCCCCUUAGGUCUUCUAUGGAUGGCUUACCGGAUUAACCGACGUCUUAACCGUCGCGCGCUCAACAACGGUGUUCCGGCUACAUUCGAUUGGAAUAAGGAAAUCGUGCUCGUUACAGGUGGCUCAGAUGGAAUCGGCGCGGCGACAGUGAAAAAGCUGGCCACACGUGGGACCACUAUCAUCGUGCUUGAUAUUCGGCCCUUAACCUAUGAUGCUCCGAAAAAUGUGCAUUUUUAUCAAUGCGACUUGAGCAACAGGGCGGAGUUGGAGUCUGUCGCUGAAACUAUCCGUCAGGAGGUCGGUGCGCCUUCCUGCGUGGUUGCCAAUGCGGGCAUCUGUCGCGGCAAACCCUUACUCCAUGCCACCCAAAAAGACAUUGAACUUACAUUCGCCGUGAACACUCUGGGUCUGAUCUGGACAGUGCAAACCUUUCUUCCCUCCAUGGUUGCGCAGAAUCACGGCCACUUCCUAAUAAUGGCCUCGCAGACGGCCCACUUAGCCACAGCCGGCGUGGUGGACUACGCUGCUACCAAGGCGGCCGCGUUAGCCAUAUACGAGGGUCUCCAUACCGAACUGCGUCAUGUCUACCAAGCGCCUGCCGUGCGCGUGUCAUGCUUGUCGCCCUCGGCUGUGCAGACCAAGAUGUUCCGCGGUAUCCAGAUGCCCAGCUCUGUCAAACUCUUGCAGCCCGACGAUAUCGGCUCGGUCGUUGCUGAGAUUAUAUGGAGCGGGCAGGCGCAGAAUCGGAUGACGCCUGCUUCAGCUUAUAUUUCGCCGCCGACAAGAGCGCUCCCAGAUUGGAUCCGGGUGACGUUGCAGGAUUUUGGAAAGGAUGUCAUGUCGACUCUUUCACCGCAUCAGCCGAUGGAGGAGGUAAAGUAA